CUAAAUUGCUGUAUUCACACAGGAUCUUUCAAAGCACUGAAAAUACCCUGACAAAACUAUUACUCAAGCGAAUCACGGGAGAUGGGAAUCUAAGGGAUUGUACGGAUUAUUUUUUUGGCGGGUAAAAUUACGGAAACUCGGUGAGAGGUCGAGAGUUCACAUGUAAUUUAUCGCGGUGCAUUGUUGGUGUUAGCCUCUCACGGGAAGAUGGCGGAGACAGAACCAAAGGAUACGAGCGAAGGAACUCAAACAGAAACAAAAGAUGAGGCAGAACCAGUAACAGAACAACCGCCUAAGGAAGUCCAACCAGAGCUGCAUUCAAUGCGCAGUGUGGUUUUGACCGGCCAUGGCGGAAAUAACAAAAUUAAGGUUGAAAAGUAUGCAAGACCGAAGCCCAUGCAAGGACAAGUUGUGGUGAAAGUGCACGCAUGUGGUGUCACCUUUGCAGACUUGCUCCAAAGGCAAGGUCAUUUCCCCCUAGCCCCCAAGCCGCCUUAUGUGUGCGGAUUUGAGUGUUCAGGAGUUGUGGAGGAGUUGGGAGAGGAAGUUACAGGAAUUGAUGUUGGUGCUCGUGUCAUCUGCCUAGCACCAUAUGGUAUGUGGACGGAAUAUGCCUGUGUAGAUGCCAAAAUGUGCUAUGUGAUGCCGGAGGCCAUGACAUUUGAGGAAGGGGCAGCCAUCCCGAUAACGUACCUCACCGCUCACCUUAUCCUUUUUCAUCUGGGAAAUCUCGGCCUGCGAAAAAGUGUUCUAGUUCACAUGGCAGCUGGUGGCGUGGGUACUGCAGUGACUCAGAUCUGCAAGUCAGUGGAGGGUGUGACAGUGUUUGGGACUGCAUCAGAGAAUAAACAUGAAGCCAUCCAGGCACAAGGUGUUACUCAUCCAAUUGACUACAGGAAAGAGGAUUAUGUCAAAAAAGUCAGGGAGAUCAGUCCUGAUGGGGUUGACUUAGUCCUUGAUCCUUUGGGAGGUUCUGAGACGAAAAGAUGCUACGACCUUCUCAAGCCCAUGGGAGCCUUAAUCCAUUAUGGCAAUGCAGCUGAGAACAAGGGGAUGUUUAAGUGGUUCUCUGGUGCAAGCUUUCAGCCAUCAAAGAUGAUGUCCGAUAAUGCUACAGUUUGUGGAUUUAGUAUACUAAGGCUGUUUAAUCAACAUGAACUUCUGAACACAACAAUGGGUGAAGUAAUGAAGCUCUACAAUGAGGGCUUUGUCAAGCCAGUCAUUGACAGUGUCCUUGCUCUUGAGGAGGCGGGAAAAGCCAUGCAGAAAAUGCAUGAUCGCAAGAAUAUUGGCAAAAUGGUGCUCUCCCCUAUGAAGGAACCAGAACCAGAACCUGAGCCAGUAGAACCCCCCAAAGACAAACACAAGAAGAAGGGCAAGAAGGGCAGUGACGAGGAGGGGGAGGGGGAGGGGAAAGAGGAAGAAGAGCAGAAACCUGAGGAAGCUGACGGUGGCAAGGAAGAGGGUGCUUCAGGAGAGGAGAAGAAAGAGGAAGAAGUCACCAAAUCGGACGAGCAGAAGAAAAAGGACGAGGAUUCAAAACCAGAGGAGGCAAAACCGGAAGAGCCAAAAGAAGAUGAAAAGUCGAAGCCGGAAGAGACUAAGGCUGAAGAGGAGGCGAAACCGGAAGCGCCCAAGGCUGAAGAAGAGGCGAAACCGGGAGAAACAAAGGUGGAAGAGGAAGCCAAACCGGAUAGUUCUGAAGUUGACAGCAAAAUGUAGAGACUAGUAGUGUCCACGACCCAAGGCACAAUGAACUCUAGUGUAGCUCAAAAUCCCUCUCGCCUGGUAGUGAACUGACAUUUGAUAGACCAGAGAUUACUAAAGGUCAGAUGAGAUAAGAUAGAUGAAUUUCCCAUGACAAGGAUCUCUCUCAUUCCCACAACUAGAAACGUAUAUAUUAUCCAAAAAAAAAGGUUAGAGGUAGACCUGCUAUGAAUUAUAUUUUUUUCGCCGAUAGGAUUGAUAAGCUGCGCGAGUAUGAAUUGGCGUUUACCCCCUGAGGAAAAAAAAGAAACGUUACUGUCUGCAAACACGCCUCGGCCGUGUAUCUGAGAAAACAAAGUCUAUAUCUCUGGAUUCUAUUACUGCUCGUUAAGUAAGAUUCUCUAAACGCUUCUGUUGGAAUUAUAGCUUUUGGUGUUGUUUUUUGCUUUUUUUUUUGGUCAGUCAUGUUGUAGCUAGUUUUUAUGUGAUGACUGUUACGAUUUUAACAACCAACUCACGAAAGAAUUGUAACGCUUUAGUUAGGCGCGUGUUUGGGGACUGUCUGGUUUCGCCCCUCUUAUUUCUGUUGGACUUAUUAUUAACAGAAGAUUACUUUCUUUUAUUCUUGUGAUUAAAUAUAUCCAAAUUUAACUAAAAGUUACAAUAGUUUCAUCCUAAUAUAAAAAGAAUUAUAACAAAUUUAUUAGUUUAUGAUAAACUAUUUCUAUUGUAAGAUGUCAUUUAAACAAAUAAUGUCCUUAAAAGAGCAAAUUUUCGGCUUAUGCCAAAUAUUUUCGAUUUAAAAGCAAUAUGUCAACUUAGGGAGCUGGUUGGUAAAAUAAAAUUAUUAUGUGCAUUUUCCA